AAGAAACUCCACUGAGCUAAGCCUCCGCCCCAUUUUCCCUUUUCUUCCAACCAAAGUUUCUCACUCUUUCUCUAUAAAGCUCUAACCACUGAUUUGAACAUCACAAGUGUGCUUGGAAAUUAAUCACUUUCAUUGAGCAAAGAACAGAACAAGGACGAGAAAUGGCAGAUUGGGGGCCAGUUUUUGUGGCUGUCAUUCUGUUUGUUCUGCUAACACCAGGGCUGCUCUUCCAGCUUCCUGGAAAUCGUAGGUGCUUAGAGUUUGGCAACUUUCACACCAGCGCUGCUGCUAUCGUCGUUCAUUCUCUUCUCUACUUCGGUCUCAUUUGCGUCUUCUUGCUCGCCAUCAAGGUUCAUCUCUACAUUGGUUAAUCAAGCUUCACCUCUACAUUUGUUCGUUUCUAAUUCUUCCACCAAAUGCAAAGUCACUUCAGCUUCGUUUUGAUUAGUACUAGCUUUUCAAGUA